AUGGCUGAACAACCUCCACUUAUCCUCUGCAUGGAAAAUGCAAAUGGUGACGAAGUGGCACUUAGAAUUGAACCAUCAGAUGACUUUCAAAGUUUUCUUAUUAAAGCUAAGUCUAUUCUCGGUUUCGAUAUUGAUUUGAACUCUAUAACCAGAAACCAGUCAGUAUCUUUGAAUGACAAUAUCUAUAGGUAUAUUUUAAAUGCUGAACAGGAUUCGCAGAGCUCAGUGAUGCAUAAUUUCGAUCAAAUGCUUGAGUCCGGUAGAGACGCAAAUGACUUAGUAUAUAUUUUUGAUGAUGGGACUCAAAUAAGAGCUUCACAAAUUCAAUUUGAUAAUGAUGAUCCACAAAUAGAUAUAACAGCUGAAAAAAUACCUUUCGUAAAGUAUGUAGAUGAUAGUGUUGACGAUUUUGAUGCAGAAAAUGAAUCUGAGAGAGAUAUCAAAAAGUUUAACAUAGUAGAAAGUCCUGUAAGUCGUUGGUCAAGUCCUAAUAACUCGAGUUCUAAAUGUAGUUUCAUCAAUAGUCUCCCUUUUAAAUUGGUAUGCAAUAAUACCUCUGUCUUUGAAGCACAAUUCACGAAAUACUUGGAAUCAAGUGUAACUAAAACUUACACGACUUUGAAUCCUGUUACUAAUAGAAAUAAAUCCCCUAGAAGUCUUAUAAAAGAAAAUUAUAAAAGCUGUGACGAAAAAUUUAAAACAGGUGACGAUUUUACUGGAUAUACUAGAGAAGAGGUUCUUAAUAUGUUUAAAGAUUCGCCGGUAGCAUCUUUACCAUAUGAAAAUUUCAGUGAGAAACGUAAGCAUGUACGGAAAAGUGAUCCUACUCGGACAGCAAAUAAGAGUUGGAAUUGCAAACCUACCUGUUAUGAAGAGGGAAUAUUGAUCGGUGAUAAUGAGAAUCAAAAUUGUUUUAUUUGCGAAAAGUUUGUUGAAAAUAAUAAUGAGAAACUGUAUCUGUUUGAUAAUGAAGAUCAAAGGCUUCAUAGAUCAUCGCCUGAAAAGCGGUCGUCAAGACAGUUAAAAAUUAUUUGCCAAAGCUGCUUAGGAGAGAAUUUUAAACCUUGCAGAAUGAAAGGGCCGAACCAAUGUUUGAAUGCUGAUGAAUGCUUGGUUAUAAGGAACAAUCUGCAGUAUAUUUUUCAAAAGACCAAUAAGAGAGAUUUCAAAUCUAAAUUUACUAGCUUAAAUGAUCAUACCAACAAAGACACAAGUGCGAAGCCAAGACAAGAAAAAGAAAAAGUUGAAUUUGUUAAAGUCGAAAUAGGUUCUGAUGGGGAAAUAGUAACGAAACCUAUUGAUAACGAUCCAAGGUCUUCUGAUGAUGUUGUAUUAGUUAAAGAUGAAGAUCGAGAUUAUUCUAGUGAUGUGGAGAUUGUUAUGACGCCAGAAAUAGAUGAUAGUAUCCUAGAUAAUUUGGAUGACGCUGACGAAGAUGUAAAAGAAUUUUUAGGGAAAUAUCAGUACGAAAACGUGAAUAGUACGGAACUGAAGUGUAGGUUCUGUGAACGCGCUUUUUCUGAUUUAACUGAAAUUAUGAAUCAUCUGGAUGAGCACAAGCACGAUGGGGAAGAAGGGAUUGUGUAUCCUUGCCCUAUAUGUGAAUACGAUGCCGCCGUAAAACUAGAAAAUGUGAAGGUCUCUGAGGUAAAAGAGGAAUCGAUUACACCACAUCUUGUGAUAAAGACAGAAGUAAAGCAAGAGGCGAUCGAUAGCAGCGAUGAAGGUAUCUGGAUAGUCCAGACCGGUGAUGAACCCGAUGACCAGUUAGAGAGUCUACUGCAGGCUGCCAAGAGAACACGUCGCAAGAAAACCAAAGAGCCUACUUCGGAUCCUCAGAUAGUAACAUGCGACGAUUGCAACGAGUCUUUCACGUCUAAAGUCAGACUGAAGUUUCACAUGCAAUUCCACUCCCCAACGAACAUGUUAACUUCAGACGGGAAGUACAAAUGUCCAGAGUGUGAGGAUUCCAAUUUUGACGAUGAAGGAGCUUUAUUCGACCACGUUCACUUUCGUCAUCAUAAGCGCCGCCGCUGGCAGUGUCCGGUGAGGAGCUGCGGGAAGACUUUCCACCUCAGGGCAACGCUAACAAAACACAGCCGUACACAUACGGACACGCGUCGCUACGUGUGUUUGACUUGUGACAAGAGAUUCCUUGACAAACAAACUUUAGAUGAACACGGAGUCACACAUUUGCAGAUUACAGGAAUAUUCAUAUUGGUUUUGAUUUUGUAUUUUGUUGAUUUUGUGCAAGUUCUCGAAUUACCCACUCUUGGUAAGUUUUUUCAUUAUUUCAAUGGAUAUUGAUGUAUUAAUGACAUAGUUUUCGUAAAUAUUUUCUUUUUGUUACAAUUCUGAUAAAUUUCUUACACCCAUUCUUCUUAUCAGCCCAAAGACGCCCUGAACAGGUGUUAGAUAUAACACGAAGGACGGAAGUGUCUUCAGUGAGCUUUAAUUUCAAUAAAUAAUAUUUUCACUCAUUCAUUCAAUCAAUCCUAAAUGUGUUAGAACCAUGCUACUAAAUCUUCGGAGUGUAUUGAGGAAUUCACAAAAGAGCUGAAGGCAGAAGUAGAGGAAGGGACGGCCCAGUUGUCGCCCACUAGUGGGCUUGUCAAGGAGCCGGAGCGGGUAGCCGAGUCCCCUAAGUUAAGCAAGCCUAUACCUCGUCAAGUGUCGAGUCCACUCUCGCGUCCAUUACUAGAGAGCUUGUCUGACGAGGCUCGUGCUCUCAUACGUGUCGUCGAGAUCGAGAAGGCUUUCCGCUGCGAAUAUUGUGAAGACGUGUUUUACUUAGAAGACGGCCUGAAUACUCAUCGCGCUAUACACAAAAACGUGAAGAAUCCCUUCACUUGUCACAUCUGUAAAGUGAGCUUCGCUACUUAUUCUAGAUGUACAACACAUAAAACUACGCACGGCUUCUAUAAGCGCCCCCUAGCGGACGCCAAGCGACAAGCGUGGCAACCCAGUUCUGGGCCUUCUGCCACUGGCAUAUUGGGCUACGGCGGAUUUCCUGUCGCCAAACACUUCCUCUGUGAGGAUUGUGGACGCUCAUACCUUCACUGGACAUAUUUACAAGUGCACCGUCGCAUGAAACACGCCAAUGACAUGUUCCUUUACAAGUGUAAUCAGUGCGACAUCACUUUUCCGAACAGGAUACCAUGCCGCGAUUGUGACGAAAUUUUGCCAAACAAAACUGCGCUUUAUAAACAUAGGAAAAAGGAACAUAGUGACAUGUCUCUAGGACUCAAUGAUAGAACAGGUAUAUCAUGGUGCGGCUCUUGCAACAAACAGCAUUCGUCUGAAGGUGAACGUUUAGAACAUCAAAAAAAUAUGCAGUCUACGGCUAUGCGCAAUCACAGGUUGAUACAUACGGGGGUCCGUGCGUGGGCUUGUACGCGGUGCCCUAAGAGGUUCCGUAUUAGAUCAGAGCUGCGUACACACGCGAGACUUAAACACCCAACGCAUCUAGUUGUCAUUGAGAUUUGCAACCGGUGCGUCGUGGUCGCGGCAUCGCUAAAAAUGUCCGCCACCCACUUAAUAUUCAUGAAGAAAGUGAUCAAACAACAGAUCAGAAUCAUUAUCCUGCAUCCAUGA